AUGCAUUAUGAAGUUUAUUUAUUAUUUUUGCAGGUUGGGCAUACAAGCAGCAAAGGAAUAUUAAACGAAGAGUUAUCAGGAAAUUCUUUGAAGACAAAAACCUUUUUAGCAAAAUGUGAACAAGUACGAUGCCCAUAUGGUGCUAAAUGUCAUCCUCAUAGGGGUAAAUGCGAAUGUCGAUCUUCGUGUAAUAAAGCUGGUUCAGCGGUGUGUGGUACUGAUAAUGUUAGUUACCUCAGUGAAUGUCAUCUAUCUGUACGGUCUUGUCUUGCAGUUACCGAAGGGAAAUUAGAAAUUCGAGUAAAACAUAUUGGAGCAUGUGAAAAACGUAACCCUUGCGAAGACUUACGUUGUGGUCCUGGCGAGCAAUGUGUGAUAUCAGAAAAUGGUCAAGGAUAUAUAUCCGCGCAUUGUGUCUGCCCUCAACAAUGUGACAAUUAUGGUGAUAGUGUUGAUUCUUCGCCAGUUUGUUCUACUGAUGGCACUGAUUAUCAGUCUUUAUGCCAUCUUCGAGCUCAUGCUUGUCAAACAAAACAAAAUGAAAGUGUCAAAUAUUAUGGCAGAUGUGAUCCUUGCAAAGAUUUCAUCUGCUCCACAGGCACUAUAUGUAAGGUAUCAGCAGAUCGUCGUCCAGAAUGUCGUUGUUCACAACAAUGUACAAUGCAUUCUGAUCCAGUUUGUGCUACUGAUGGAAACACCUAUGAGAAUGAAUGUUUGAUGUCAGUGUCAGCAUGUCGUAAUGAUAACGAAAUUCAGAUUUACAGCAAAGGGCGAUGUAAAGAGAAUAACCCAUGCAAAAUGAUCCAUUGUUUAGACGGAGAAACAUGUCACAUUCACGAAAAUGGUAGUGCUGUAUGCAAAUGUAUACAAUUCUGUCCACCUGUAAUGAAUCCCGUUUGCGCUGUUAAUGGAAAAACUUAUGAUAACGAAUGUGUGAUGCGACGUUCAGCGUGUUUGUCGAGAAUACGCAGUACUAUUCGACAUAUGGGCAUCUGUGGUGUGGGUGUGUGUGCUGGCUACAAAGGUUGUCCAGCACCUAAAGUAUGUGUUGAGCGAAAUGGACAACCGGUAUGUGAAUGUGAAACUUGUGAUUCCCAACUUAGUGAAGUCUGCGCUUCUGAUGGCAUCACUUAUGCAAAUGAAUGCAAAAUGCGAUUAGAAUCAUGCUUGACUGGCAAUAUAAUUUACCAGAAAUACAAUGGCAUUUGUGAUGGUUGUGUCGAUGUUCGGUGUGAAUUUUAUGCCGUUUGCGUAUCAGAUGAAACUGGUAUUGGUUCUUGUCGGUGUCCGAGUCAAUGUAUUGGAAGCGAUGAGUCAGGAAUGGUUUGCGCAACUGAUGGUAUCACUUAUCAAUCUGAAUGUCAGAUGCGUAUAGCAGCUUGUCAGCAACAAAAGUUUAUAGUUGUCGCAUUUCAUGGUUCAUGUGAUAGUUGCUCUAAUGUUAUUUGUCCAAGUGGACAAAAAUGUCAAGAUGGUAUUUGCUCAUGUUCUGAUACUUGCCCAAAUGCAAAUAAUAAUUCACAAGUGUGUGGUAGUGACGGAAUAUUUUAUCAAUCAGAAUGCCAUUUAAAAAUUGCAUCAUGUCGUAAAAGCUCUACAUUAUCCAUUCAACAUCCAAACCAUUGUCAACAAUUACUGAGUAAAAUUGGUAAUUUUUUGGCGAUGAGCAAAUGUGAUGAGCAAAGUUGUUCUUUUGGUGGUACUUGCGUAGUAUUCACGGACAAUAAGAAGGCAUCUGAUGCAUGUCUAUGUGAUUUCAACUGUUCUAUAACUUCUGACAUGGAAGUUAUUUGUGCUUCUGAUGGAAAUGUUUAUAAUUCAACAUGCUUCAUGGAUUUCGCUUCAUGUCAACAGCAAAAAGCGAUUUAUGAGAUGACUCCAAUAUAUCUUUGUCAUCAUAACGAUGGAUGUAGAUGUAAUCGUAUCGGAUCAUAUAGUAAUAAUUGCGAUCACAAAGGUCAAUGUCGAUGUCUUCCAGGUGUUGGUGGUCUAAAAUGUGACCAUUGUUUGCCAGACUUUUGGGGUUUGCACUUAAUAGCUAAAGGAGCUUUGGGAUGUCAACCAUGUGGUUGUUCGCUAUUUGGUUCUUCACGUUCUGAUUGUGAGCAGUCAUCUGGUCGUUGCCAGUGCAAACCAAAUUCUUUCGGUACAAAAUGUGAAACAUGUAGCUUGGAUUCUAUAUUAACUUCUAAUGGUUGUAUUAAAAAAACAGAGUUACGAGAAGUCAAGGAUUGUAACAAAUUGUCAUGUCAUCAUGGAGCUACAUGUGUUAUGGCAAAAUCAAACGAACCAAUUUGCGAAUGCCCAAAAAACUGUCCAAUAGAUCAUCUUGGCAUUGUUGCUGAAAUGGCUAUUUGUGGAUCAGAUGGCAAUACUUAUGACAAUAUGUGUGAAUUAUGGCACUUUGCAUGCAUUCAUCAACUUGACAUAGUUCCAUUUUCUCUUGGGUCAUGCUUGCAAGGUACAGUAAUCUAUGAUAGCAAUGAUAACUACGAAAAUAAUGGCGAUAUGCAACGCCGCCGAGAACGUAAAUUGCAUUCAACGGCAGUUUUGGGAAGUCUUUGCGUGGAUGACGAAGACUGUCCUGUUUUGAAUUCAUACUGCAAGGAUUUUAGUACUACAAAGUUGAGAUAUUGUGAAUGUAAACGUGGAUUCUUUUCAUCGAAAGACAAACUAAAAUGCUUACAAGGUUAA